AUGGGUGAAUAUUUGAAGAUUGAAGAGACUACCGCAUUAAGAAGCCUAAAAGUAUUUGUCAAAGUUGUUGUUUCAAUUUUCUCUGAAAAGUACUUAAGCAAACCCAACAAUGAUGACAUUGUUAGAUUGCUCGCAGUUGGUGAGAAACAUGGAUUUAUAGGAUCUCAUAGUGAUAUAAAUGUGCUUGAUAGAUCAUUUAUAUUUUCUAACCUUGCUCAAGGAAAUACUCCGACUGUUAAUUACACUAUUAAUGGUCACAACUAUGUAAUAGGAUACUAUUUUGCUGAUGGCAUUUAUCCGCAAUGGACAACAUUUGUUAAAACUAUCUCAGUUCCCCAAGGAAACAAGAAAAAAUAUUUUGCUGCAGCCCAAAAGUCCGCAAGGAAGGAUGUGGAGAGCGCUUUUGGUGUGCUUCAAGCACGUUUUGCUAUAAUUCGUGGACCUGCACCAUGUUUUCACAUUGAAACACUCAAUGAUAUUAUGAUGGCAUGCGUAAUUUUACAUAAUAUGAUCAUUGAAGAUGAACGGAUGACAAUGAAGAAGAAAAAUUUGAAUAUGAAUAGUUGGCAGAAAGCACAUAUGAUCCAGUGUCAACUGGCUCUAAACCUAAAUUUAGCGAGUUCAUUCAACAUCAUCAUGCUCUUAGGGAUAGAAGAAUCCAUUGUAACUCCAACCAGAUCUUGUCGACCACUUAUGACAACAAUAUAG